GUGGGCAGGAGGUGCAGCUCCCCCAAGAGGGGUGGCAGCUCUCUUGGGAAGAUGAGGACAGAGCCCCAGGGAGGUCUGGGGUUGGCCAAGGGAGGCUGCAGUUUCUUUGUGGGUGUGGGGGCCUCAAGGGAUGCGAGUCUGAGCUGUGCAUGUGUUUGGACAAGUCCCCAGAGUGUGUGUCUUCUCGGGGUUCCUAGACGCAGGGUGGCAGUGGCCCGGCGGCGGCGGAGGCCGUUUGGAUCCCUGUGUGAGCUGUAGGGGGCGCCCUGGGCGCCGGGCCCAGGUCAAGGGCGAGAUAGGAACAGGGUGCGGGGGCCGAUGAGAGCUCCCCGCGGGAAUGUCCCGGUGUGGAAGCCCCCGGAGGCCCCAUCUAACUCCAGGGCGGCGAGGGUGGCCGGGCCCAGGUCACGGGCUGCGCCGGCCCUGGCGAGGCCACUGGGGGCUGUCGGGCGUCCACGCUCACGGUCUGGGCCAGAGGACCCCGUACCGGCCAGGACGUGGCGGCCACGGGGGCCUGGAAGCGCCGCCGCCAGCUGGCCCCGCACGGAACUGUGUCCCGACGCGGCGCGCGCUGUCGCGAUCCGGUGGCGGGUGACGUGGCGGGGCGGGGCCUGAGCGGCCGCGGCGACGGCGGCGCGACCGAGCAUCCUGGCGGCGCCGGGCCACUGGGAGAGUUUAUGUGGCCAAGGCAGACAAGUGAAAUUAGGCCUUCCUGCGGGGACUUCAUUUCCUUCUCAGUAUUGGACCCAUUUAUGAGGAGGUGGCUUAUGAAAGUGUGAUGUUCACGUAUUUCUUGACAGAGGGUCUGCAGAUCUACUCUGGGGACAGGAUAGACAACGCGUCUCACACAGGCUAUAGUGCAGUGGUAGGACCUUGGCUCACUGCAACCUCCAACUCCCUGGUUCAAGUGAUUCUCCUGCCUCAGCCUCUCAAGUGGGGAUUACAGGCCACAGUAAACACAGGUGUGCAGGAACUGUUUGUCAUGGAAGCCAGGGAGCCUGGGAGGCCCACACCCACCUACCAUCUUGUCCCUAACACCAGCCCGUCCCAGGUGGAAGAAGAUGUCAGCUCGCCACCUCAAAGGUCCUCCAAAAGUAUGCAGCUGAAAAAGGAGAUCUCCCUGCUGAAUGGGGUCAGCCUGGUGGUGGGCAACAUGAUCGGCUCAGGGAUCUUCGUCUCACCCAAGGGUGUGCUGGUACACACUGCCUCCUAUGGGAUGUCGCUGAUUGUGUGGGCCAUUGGUGGGCUCUUCUCUGUUGUGGGUGCCCUUUGUUAUGCAGAGCUGGGGACCACCAUCACCAAGUCGGGAGCCAGUUACGCUUAUAUUCUAGAGGCCUUUGGGGGCUUCAUUGCCUUCAUCCGCCUGUGGGUCUCACUGCUAGUUGUUGAGCCCACCAGUCAGGCCAUCAUCGCCAUCACCUUCGCCAACUACAUCAUCCAGCCGUCCUUCCCCAGCUGUGAUCCCCCAUACCUGGCCUGCCGUCUCCUCGCUGCUGCUUGCGUAUGCCUGCUGACAUUUGUGAACUGUGCCUAUGUCAAGUGGGGCACACGUGUGCAGGACACGUUCACUUACGCCAAGGUCGUAGCGCUCAUUGCCAUCAUUGUCAUGGGCCUUGUUAAACUGUGCCAGGGACACUCUGAGCACUUUCAGGACGCCUUUGAGGGUUCCUCCUGGGACAUGGGAAACCUUUCUCUUGCCCUCUACUCUGCCCUCUUCUCUUACUCAGGUUGGGACACCCUUAAUUUUGUAACAGAAGAAAUCAAAAACCCAGAAAGAAAUUUGCCCUUGGCCAUUGGGAUUUCUAUGCCAAUUGUGACGCUCAUCUACAUCCUGACAAAUGUGGCCUAUUACACAGUGCUGAACAUUUCAGAUGUCCUUAGCAGUGAUGCCGUGGCUGUGACAUUUGCUGACCAGACGUUUGGCAUGUUCAGCUGGACCAUCCCCAUUGCUGUUGCCCUGUCCUGCUUUGGGGGCCUCAAUGCAUCCAUCUUUGCUUCAUCAAGGUUGUUCUUCGUGGGCUCCCGGGAGGGCCACCUCCCAGACCUUCUGUCCAUGAUCCACAUUGAGCGUUUUACACCUAUCCCUGCUUUACUGUUCAAUUGCACCAUGACGCUCAUCUACCUCAUCGUGGAGGAUGUUUUCCAGCUCAUCAACUACUUCAGCUUCAGCUACUGGUUCUUUGUGGGCCUGUCUGUGGUUGGACAGCUCUACCUCCGCUGGAAGGAGCCUGAAAGGCCCCGGCCUCUCAAGCUGAGCGUGUUUUUCCCCAUCGUGUUCUGCAUAUGCUCCGUGUUUCUGGUGAUAGUGCCCCUCUUCACUGACACCAUUAAUUCCCUCAUUGGCAUCGCGAUUGCCCUUUCUGGAGUCCCUUUCUACUUCAUGGGUGUUUACCUGCCGGAGUCGCAGAGGCCACUGUUUAUUCGGAAUGUCCUGGCUGCUAUCACCAGAGGCAUCCAGCACCUUUGUUUUUGUGUCCUGACUGAGCUUGAUGUAACCGAAGAGAAAAAGGAUGAGAUGAAAACUGACUAGAGGUCAGAGGUGGCUUUCCUAGGCCUGGAAGGCUGGCCACACAGCGAAAUCCUGAUAACAAGACUCUAUGGGCCCAACUCUCCUGAAUUAAAGGAGCCUUUUGACCCACAUCAUAUAACGGGGCUCAGGGCCAGUGCUCACUCUUCUUGGUAAGCUAUAGGAGACUCAGGAUCUGGGCCAACCUCAAGGUGGGGGCUUCAGAGGGUGGGGGGAAGAUUGGGGAACAGGGGAAUGGUCAUUUAGUUUUACUCCUGAUAGGCAGAGGCAGCUCUUACAGAUACUUACUUGGUAAGGUGCAGUGGGGAAGAGAGAAUGCUAGGUUGAUAGGGCUGGUGGCUUCUGAAUUUGGUAUUUGAGAUUUGAACUAGGAGUCCCUAUAGAGGGGCUGCUCUAUGGGAAGUUUUCCUCUGACCAGGUCCAACACCUGACUUUAAAGGCCUGAAAUGCUACCGUUUCUUCCUCUAGCUCAAAAUUCUUCCCUGGGGAGAGAGUUAUAGUUCCUUAUUUAUUGAUAUUUAGUCCAGAACACCAGUUCUAACGAAGCAUGAGUGUCUCUUCAUCUACAGGAUGCAAUAGGCUGAUUGUAUUUAAAAUUCAAAGUACCCAAAACUGAGUCCCUCUGGGCUCAGAAAUGUCUGUGGUAUUGGGUCAGACUCUGACCACAGAUUUUAUGCUGUUUAGCACAAUCUUCUAUUGAGUCUUACCUGCAACAAUGAACCUUACAGAUUUUUUUACUCACGUACCUGUUACACUUUAGCAUAUAGAUAGAUCAUGUUACAAGCACUUGGCUCAGGUCCAGCAAGGACAGAUGAACAAAUUCAUAAGUCAGAAGUCUGUUAAUAUGGCUGUUUUGAAGGAUAAUCCUUUAUUUUACUUGAGACCUUGCAUCUUUGUUCUAGCUGACAGUAAAUCUCUGGGUUUCUGUUAUGAACUCUUAAGAGGGCUGAAACUUCUGAAAUUCAGGUGGAUCACCUGAAUUCUCUCAGCUGUCAGUGGCUUGGAGAACAUCUCAAGGGCCCAAGUCAUCAAAUAACCUCUCCGUAAGGGAAGUGUGAGGGACUGCUGCGCAGACCCAAGCAAACCCACCCUGGUGCUAGAAGAGGUCAUUUCACUUUUUCUGAAAACCUCACAUCAGACUGCAUCCCCUUCUGUCCCUGGCACCAGGCUUUGUUUACACUUGGAGCCGCCUUGGUGUGGGUAACCAGGACAGUGUACUCCUCUCCUGCCAGCCUCCCCUUCCCCGAGGUGUGGUGGCUGCAGUCUCAGGAAGAGCUUGGUACUUGUGGGGACUUCUGUUUUCUCCCUGUGGAGAUCAGUGAAGACUGGGAGGAAAGCUGCUUCAACCUGAGUUGGGCUCUUCAGCAGGCUGCACAAGUGGAAGCAACUAAUUCUGGUGCUCAGGCUGGGUUCUCCACCCAAGUUAGGCCUGCUCUGGCCUAACAGAUCUUACUGUAUGAGCAGGAUGGCUGCACUGGAUUGUACAACUGUUUUGUGAUGCUCCCGGACACUGUCAUUCUGGGCCCAGAAAAACCUGCUAGCUUGACAUACCCCAUGGGCUUCUUACUCUUAGGUUUUGGAAUUGGUAAACAGUGAGGCAGUCUCCCUUUCUGACCAUUCUUCACCCACUCACAGAUAAGGGAAUAACCUUGGCCAUAUAUUUGCUCAAUAAAGAUUGAAGAAAGCAUGGUCACAGUUGCCUUGGGUUCAGAGCAUAAUGCAUAUGUGAAGCAUGGGGUGACAUUCUUACUGUCAUGGGUUUGGGAUUUGUACGGCAAAUUCCUGCCCGAAGACAGGGUGUCUUGUGCAAAGGCUGACUUGCCUGAACUCUAAGAACAUGACUUUUGUCUGAGCCAAGCUGGCACCCAUCCCAGGGCUCCUCUGGAGCUAAUCCUUUAAGCAAAAUGUGCUUGCCUUUUAAAGAUCUUUGAAAGAUCCCUGACCCCAGCUUUAGCUUUCUCCACCAGAUAACCAGCUAAUCCCAGGAAUUUACUGCCCCCCGCCCCUGCCCCCAGUGGCUUCUAGGGAAAGCAAGGACCUCACAUGCCAGGUGCCCUAGUACUUGCUCAGUGAGCCGUGUCAUCCUCCUUUCAUUUUUGGAUGGUGACAGCAUUCUUCCCCUUUGUGCUGGAUACAGACUUCUCCCAGGAUCCCUUUUUUGGGAGCGAAGCCAGACAAUCCCUACAGCACUCAAGCUUCAGGGUGGAAUUAAUUUCUGCCAGCUCUUUGUUGUCUGUCUCCUUAAAUCCUUCUCCUGGUGUGCUUAUCCCUUUUGCAGUGAGUACGGUUUAUUAAGUUAUCAGCCCUUUAAUAUUGGGGAAACUUAAUGAGUAUAAAUGGCAGGGAGCACACUGUAACAGCAGUGUUUUGUUUUUUCACCUGGUUGCUGUGAGUCCAAGAAUGGCUUUCAAUCCUUUGUUUCUAUGUCUACAGACAGAAAAUGAGAUGUCUAAUAUUAGACAUACAAGUUGCUGCCUGUUAUAAUGUUGAGUUAUACCUUUGUGCAUACCUAGGAUGUUUGUUGUUUUAAUUAGCUGCAAUAUAUAGGGCCUGUGUACACAGAAUUUAAUCACUUCGGCAGGUUGAACAACUCCAUGUAGAUAAGAGCUAGUGUAGGUAAACAUUUAGAAAAUGGACAUAAAGUCAAAGUGAUGGCAGGUAGGAUGAAGGAGAGAUACUUAGGAAAUCCUAAAAGAGGCGGCAAGAAGGCAUCUCCCUGUGUAAAUUCCCUUCCCCCAUGACAGUGAGUCAGAGACACUCACAGGCUAUGAGGGCACAGCCCUAGCUGAAUGUUCUGCGUUGUCCGAAAUAGCUACUAGCCACAUGUAGCUAAUUACAUUAAAAUGAAAUAAAACUAAAGCUCAGUUUCGCUUCAGUUGCGCUAAUCACAUUUCAAGUGCUCAGCAGCCACCUGUGUCUACUACUACACAGCGCAGACACAGAACACAGCGUCACUGCAGAUAGUUCUACUGGACAAUGUUACACUAGAAUAAACACCAAGGCAGUCAGUUAAGGCAGCUAUGGUUUGGAAAGGCAUAGGAACAGAGUGUGCUUACAAGAGAUCCAAGUUGUGGUAAUAAAACUGAUCCUGCUGA